GCAGCAGCAGCAGCGACAGCGGCAGCAGAGCACCGAUCAUCACCGUGACUCCGGUCCACGGUCCGAUGGAUCCGACGACGCCUCCGGCGAAGCCGCCGAGGGCCGCCAGCCAUCGUCCUCGGGACAUAGCUUUUCGGGACGUGGUGACGCGCGACGAGGCCGCCUGGCUGGCCAGACGCUGCCUGGGCGAGGACGCGCGCCUCGUCGAGUACUACCUCAGGCCCUACUCCGAGGAGAAGAUCGGCUUUCUUGGCCAGCAUCUUCGCCUCGUGAUCGUGGCCAAAGUCAGCAGCAGUGGCAGCAGCAGCGAGGCCGUCGACGAGAAGCUGAGCCUGUUCGUGAAGACGGUGCCGCGCGAUCUGCCCGGCCAGGCGGCCUACAUCGAGGAGAAGGGCUGCUUCCGCAAGGAGAGCGACUUUUUCCGCGACUACGUCGCGCUGAUCGGCGACGAAGAAGAAGCGACGAGCUGGUGCCCGACCUGCUACCUGGCCAAGCCCGACGUGCUCGUGUUCGAGGACCUGCGACUGCGCGGCUACGCCAAUCAGCCGCGCAUGUUCGAGCUCGCCGCCAUGAAGUCGGCCGUGGUCUGUCUGGCGCGAUUUCACGCCUCGUCGCUGCGCCUCGAGGCCCGACUGGGCGGCCGGCCGCUCGUCGAUCGGUUCCCCCGGCUACUGGAGGAGACCGAGUUCAAGCGCAGCGGGCGCUCGCUCGAGUGGUACGCCAACGCCAUGGACCUGGCGGUGCGACUGGCCCGCGAGCGCUUCGGCCACGAGGACGAGGCCGGACUGCGCCGCGCCGGCGACACGGUGUUCGCCAUGUGUCGGGCGUCGCGCGACAAGCUCAACGUCGUCAGCCACGGCGAUCUCUGGUCGUCGAAUCUCAUGUUCGACGCGGGCCUGAGGCACUGCCGCCUCGUGGAUUAUCAGCUGCUGCGCUACGCGCCCCUCGGCCACGAUCUCGCCCAGCUGCUGUAUCUCUGCUCGACGCGCGACUUUCGACGCCGCAACGAGGCCAAGAUGAUCGAGCUGUACACGGAGACGCUGCUGGAGCGUUUGAGCACGACGAGGUACGAGGGCCCGAGGCCCGAGCGCGAGGACAUACUGCGCUGCUACGAGGAGCAGAGGAUGCCGGCCUGCGCCACGGCCGUGAUCUUUCAUCCGACGGUGCUGAUGUCGGGCCGCGUCGCCGCCCAGAUCAUGGACGAGCCCGCGACCUACGAGGAGUACUACUUCAGGAACAGGCUGCCCUUCGUGCGGCGGAUCAUGGCCGGCGACAAGGAGUACGAGGCGAGGAUCCUGGAGGACGUCGAGGAGCUCGUCGAGAUGUCGCGGAGGUACGACGACCUUCCCAAGCCGACUUGAUCGAGAGAGAGCACGAUUUGAGAUAUCUAGCCCCUCGAUUUCUAAUUUACGGUGCAUUAUUUUACGCGUGGGUUCUCGAUACGCGGUGUUUAUCGCCAUCUGACGUCGGUUCGCCUUGACCGAGCUGUCUGUAUAAAUACGAGACUGAUCGACGUCUCGGAGGAAAGGUGUAAACAUUUGAUUAAAUAUAAGAUUAUCGAUAAUUCAGUUAGAUCAAACAAGAGUCUUGUAAGAUGUCUAAUGUAUGAGACAGAUUAUUGUAUCAAAUUGAUUAGAAGAAAAUUGUAUUGUGACAGAAUCGACGAUGCACUUGAAAAAUUAUAAUUUGUAACUGUGAUUAUUCAUUGGCCGAUUUGCGAUAAUAUUGGAUACGAUUUUCAUUUGCAAUUUGACAAAUUUACUAUAAGGAAUUAAAGUCAGUUGUAAAUUAAUCAAGUAAAAGAAUUAAAAUUAAAAUUUUAUAUUUUAAUGAUAAAAUUAAAAACAACGCGAAUCUGUCGCACUAAUCAUUGAGACUUUAUACGUACGAUAUUUGCUAUGCGAAUCCGAAGUUUAAACAACGUUCACGGGUGAGGAAAAUUAGUGGACCUGUUGUGGUGUUAAAAACUGGUGGUAAUUUUUUAUCUUAUGUGAGUGAAGGUGUACAGAUUUCCACGAUUGGAUAAUCUUAUUGCAAUUUUCAGAGUUAAACAGGAACCCAACGACUUGUCGUUUAAUGAAAAUAAUUAUAAUGCAAUUGACUAGACAUUCAAUACUAAAAGUUGUCAAUUCUUGCCAUUUCUACUAGUAAAUCUAGCAAUUGUGUGAAAAUUAACUGCAAUUUAAAAUCUAUGUAAGGAAUAUCCUUACUUUAUUUGAAGUGUGCGCGUAAUCAGGUCGAUAAAUUAGAUCGCUUAAUAUGCGGCAUACCAUUAAUUGUACGCAUGCUAAUUAGCAUGAUAAUAGCUGACAGAUAGAAUACAGUGGAAUAAAAUUGUGUAAAACAAUAGUCGAACAACCUACACUGAAAAAACGACCACUGUUCUGAGUACUGAAGCCGACUCAGUAAACAAGCCAACGCAGCGACUUAGUAGCAGCGUUGGUUUGAGGCAAACUCUACGCUCGCACUC